CGUACUACUUGUACAGAUCAUCAACUUGCUUUCAUCACUUAAACAGAUGUAUUUAUCUUUUCUCCACAUCCACUUGUACAAUGAUGGCACUCCUUUUAAUAGUUGCAUAGUUUGCCUUGGUAUGGUUAUAGCGAUAAUCAGUGGGAGGGGGACAUCUUGCCUCCCAGAGUACCUAUGAUAAUGUUUACAGACAUUUUGCUGGAGGGAAGGGGUGCUACUGCCGUCUAGUGGGAGAAGUCAGAGACUCUGGUAAACACCUUUCAAUUCACAGGACAGGAGCCUGCUGCAAAGAAUAUUGAGGUCAAAAGUUAAUAGCGCUGCUUCCGCCUUCCUCCUUCCCCCAAGAUGGCAACAGCCGGAGACGCUUUACUGCUACUGCGGCUCCCCGCGCUGUUCGAAACCAGCAAGCAGCUUCUGGACGAAGUGGAAGCAGCGACUGAACCCACCGGUUCCCAGAUAAUUCAAGAUAACGUAUUCAGGGGACUAGACCUCCUUAAGAAGGCUGCUGAAAUGUUAUCGCAGCUCGACUUGUUCAGCCGAAAUGAAGACUUGGAAGAGAUUGCUUCCACAGACCUGAAGUACCUGAUGGUCUCAGCUUUUCAAGGAGCGCUCGCCAUGAAACAAGUCAACCCCAGCAAGCGUCUAGAUCAUUUGCAGUGGGCUCGAGAACACUUUUUAAACUACUUAACUCAGUGCCAGUAUUAUCAUGUGGCAGAGUUUGAGCUGCCCCAAACCAACUCAGCUGAUAAUAAUACUGCUAGUUCCUCCAUGGCGUGUCCUAGCCUCGUUGCUGUGGCAUCUGAAAGACAGGCUAAAAUAGAGAGAUACAAGCAGAAGAAGGAGGUGGAGCAUAGGUUGUUUGCACUGAAAUCUGCUGUGGAAAGUGGUCAAGCAGAUGAUGAGUGUGUUCGUGAAUAUUACCUUCUUCACCUUUGAAGGUGGAUCGGUAUUAGCUUAGAAGAGAUUGAGAGCAUUGACCAGGAGAUGAAGAUCCUGAGAGAAGACGACUCCUCAAAAGACGCAUCAACUUCUUACUCAUCUCCUCAGGACAGGCCUCCAAUGAAACCCUUCGUUCUCACUCGGAAUGUGGCCCAAGCCAAAGUAUUUGGAGCUGGUUAUCCAAGUCUGGCAUCUAUGAGGGUGAAUGACUGGUAUGAUCAGCAUCAGAAAUAUGGAGCAUUACCAGAUCAGGGCAUAGCCAAGAUAACACCAGAGCUCAAAAGAGCAGCUCAGCAACAGGAAGAUCAGGAACAAAAGGAGGCAGAGGAGGAGGAAGAGGAGGAGGAGGAGGAGGGGGAAGAAACACUCCACAGAGUUCGGGAGUGGGAUGACUGGAAGGGCACCCAUCCCAGAGGCUAUGGCAACCGACAGAACAUGGGUUAGUCUUACCACAAGAUGGGACUUCAGGGACUCACAUCUUCCCAGACAAGGAAAGCCAUGCAGUCUUCCCCUACCUGGGCUCCUGCUUCAGAUGUGUAAAAUGAAGAUGCUUAAUCUUGCUUUAUGUUCAAUAAAAUGUCAAACAAGUAAGUGUGUAUUUGUACUCUAGGUGAUCAGCCAGCAAUCUUGUUUUGGUGUUAUCAUCCUCAUCAUGGUGUAUUCCAGUUUCGUAAGUGGAAAGAAAAAAGUACUGACAAAUGGCUCUGUAUAAUCAAUGGCUAUAUUAAUUCUCUUAAAAAAUAAUAAAAGUCCCUUUAUUAAAAAAAAAAGUAAAUAGUGCUGAGGUCUGAAAAUUCUAUAACAUAAAAUUUUCCUUAUUUCCAGUUAUUUAGAUUUUGUUAAUCAAUCAUAUAUAUACUUACAUCUUUAUGCAUGUUGUGCACAUCAGUGGUAGAUCCAGACUUUGUGAGUACUUUAGCUUAUACAAUAUUGGUCUUUAGGAAUAUGAUUAUGCAAUUAAAAAUAUAAUUGCAUAAAAAUAUAACUGCUGUGGUUUAUGCAAGUGAGUGGCCCUUAAGCUUCCCUGUAAAUAGUUUCUGUU